AAAGUGGACUGAGUGGAGAACGUUCAGUGUGGCUCAGUGUGUCUAAGGAGCAACAGCGAGAUGAGAGUGUUACUGUGUCUAGUGAUAGUGUCGGUGACGGUGGUGAAGAGUGCCGCCCCCCAGAGUACGAGGGUGGUGCGACAGCCGCCCCCGCAGCGACCACCGGCCCCCGCCCCCAGCAAUGCAGGGAACAAGACCAGGCCUGCGUCCACAGCCAGAACCAGGGAACAAUACCUGUUCAACGUGUUCGAAGUGAUCGUCUCGACGCUGGAGUCGAAGCUGCAGAGAAUAGAGAACUUGGACAAAGCUGUAGAACACCUAAUGAGGCGGGUGGAAGCUCUAGACUCGAGAGUCAACGACAACAUCGACAAAACAGACUCCAUCAUCGAGAAACUUCAAACAUUCGAUCUCAAACUGUUUCAAGGAGGAACGUUAAGUCAGGUGGAUAAUAAUUUGAGCGAGAGACUCGUUCAGCUCGAUCAAAAGGUCAGUAACAUAGACAGUAAGUUGGUGGGUUUGAAAAACCAACUAGACUCCAACUUUCUUCCAGCGGAUGAUAUAAACGCGGAAGCCAGUGAAAAGAAACCUAUAAGCAUGAACGUGUUGGACAUCACGAAAGUACUCAGUUCCGAACUUGACUCCUUGAGGAGUUCCACUUCGAAUGUGGACAGGAAACUGCAAUUCCACAUCAACCUGGUGUCCGAGAACCUCGGAAAGAUUUUAAGCAUGAUGUCAGAUGUGCAUGAAGCUGUGGUUGAACCGGUGGUAAUCCAAACAGGGCCUCCUCCUCAGGCUUUCAGGAACAGAACUUCAACAACCCCUCCCACCCCGACCACGACGAUCAUCAAGAACAGCAAACUGGACAAGCUGGUGAGACAGAUGCAUCCCAUCCUGUCAGUGUCAAACAAGAUGGACGAGGUGUGGGACGUGGUUGUAGGCACGAAAACGUCAGUGGACGAUCUAGUGCCAAAGUCAGACGAGCUUCUCACGCAAACACAAAGACAAGAGAGAGCUAUUAGCAACAUCCACGACGACUUGAGGACAAACACGAACAAGAUCAUUGCCAACCUAGAUAUGGUCGAGAAGAGACUGAAGAAGCAAGAGAACGACGUCGUGACGUUAGCACAGCGGCCGGUGCCAGCGGAACUCCUUCUGGACCCGACGAUAGACAGGAUAGUGGAGUUUGACCAGAACAGGUUCCAGGAUACCAACGACCCCACCUUGACCGAACCACCUCCACCGGUGACGUUCACGACCCCGACGACCCAAGGACAGACCAUCCCCACGACGACACCGUCCGUCAUCACAGCAGCUCCUGGAGUGGUCCAGGGGGUUCCUCCGGGCCGAGGCAGCAGCAGGAACAGAGGAGUCAUCUUCCCCAGCGUCAAGAACAAGCCCCUCCCCGCCAACAAUACCUUCGCUACCGACAUUAUACCCAACAUCAAGGAUGUCAAGGGCUACUCCUGUCUGGACCUAUCGAACGCUGGCAUGAGGCACUCCGGAGUCUACUACCUCCAGAUCCGAGGGACGACCUACUGGUUCCUCAAGGUCUUCUGUGAACAAGAGGUGGCCGAGGGAGGAUGGACGGUAAUCCAAAGGCGAGACGACCUGGGAGAACCAAGAGAGAAUUUCAACAGGGAUUGGGCAGACUACAAGAAUGGCUUUGGAGACCCUGCUAAGGAGUUCUGGAUGGGCAAUGAGAACAUCUACAUGUUAACCAACAACGAGGAAUAUGUCCUAAGGAUAGAGCUGGAGGACUUUGAGGGAAACAAAAGGUAUGCCCAGUAUUCUCACUUCAAGAUCUACUCGGAAGCCGAGUACUACAAGUUGGAGAUUGAUGGAUACGAAGGCAACGCUGGCGAUUCACUAAAUGAUCCUUGGUACGGAAGCAACAACAGCCCUUUCUCCACCUAUAACAGAGACAAUGAUCGGUCCAGCUUGAACUGCGCCUCCAUGCUGAAGGGAGGCUGGUGGUGGAAGUCUUGCGGUCGAGGACUCAACGGUCUUUACCUCAACGAUCCUCAGGACAUCACAGCAAGACAAGGUAUCGUCUGGUUCAGAUGGAGAGGAUGGGAUUACACACUGAAGAAGGCGAUGAUGAUGAUCAAACCUAAAGGGUCCAUCAAUCCAACAUAGGCCUUAGUUUUAUACCGUAGUUAAAUAAAUGAAGCCCAAACCGAGACUAAGGUCCCAUCGAAAUUUUAAUGUUUACACUGUAAAAAAAUACAAAACAAAAUUUAAAUGUAAUAUUCCACUCGUUCAGUAAAGUAAAAGACAUUGUACACCAAUUACAACUUAUAAAACACCCCUUUUGGAUAGAGCAAUCCCAUUUAUCAUUUACAAGCUUGCCAAAGGGGUUGCUCUAUUUCCGAAAGGCAUUCCAAAGUGUUUUUGAGUUUGUACAGAACAGCUCUAGACAAGGGCUGCAUUUAACCAUUGACUAUAUAACACUAGUGAGCAAUAGUAGUGUUAUAUAGUCAAUGAUUUAACUUUGGUCAAUUCUUCUGUUUACAGUGUUUUUCAACUGAAAAAAAAAAAACUAAGUGUCAUAUAUAAAUUCUAAAUUGUUAAAUAUGUUUAACCUUUUGCUAAAGCUGCAUGGAUCAGUUUAAAUUGUGUUGAAUCACAAUCGAUAAAAGUAUAAGAACUGUAUAAGUGAACAAUGUUUGGUGCAUUUUUUUUAUAAAUUGGUCAAUUUAUUCUUAACAAUGCCAACUGACAUUAAAAGUAAGUUUAAAUUUAUGAUUUAAAAAUUCAAAACCUUUGCACUAACUAUAAUUCAAACAUUUUUUUUGAAAUUUUAUUAAUGAAAUGCUAUUAUACUUGAUCAGGCUUAAGAGAACAACUACAAAUUCCAAAUUUGUGUUUGAAAAAUAAUAAUCACACCGUUUGAUAGACACUCAAAGUGGAGGGAACGCUUAAAAUAUUGUCUCAACAAUUCUAUAUUGAUUAUGUACAGGAAGUGUAUGAAACCAGAAAUUAUUUUGUAGGUAUAAGAGAUUGUACAUAUUAUAAGCACAAACUAAAAUCUGUGCCAAGAGUACUGGAGCUGUGUUUGAGUCUGUUAAAGACCAACUUGAAACCCCGGUAAAACUAUAAAUUAGGUUAGGAUUACUUGAUAAGGAAAGAGAGCUAUCAUAAUACUAUCCUAAAUCAUUCAUAUUUUAAACCAGUUUGUAUUAAACUUUCAUUAAAUUUCCUUUUUAUUACCAUUCUGCUGACCUACAUUACACCUAUAUUACUAACUACAAUCGGUUGAUAACUAUUUUAAGAUGAUAUACACUUGUAGGAUGAUUUCUUCUAGUUGUUUCAUCUCACAAAAUUUUCUAAUUUUUAUUGGGUUGCUUUUAUAUUCUGUUCUUCUCUAGCUAAAUAUUGGUAUUUUUAAGUAACAUACAGUAUCGACUUCUAUUGGCUACAAUAUCACAAUUUAACUGUAGGACAUUAGCUUAAGAUAUCCUGCAGUAUGUAUUUUCAGAAUUCUGAUCUUAGAUAUCUGAUAUUUUUAGGUAUUUUACCAUGUUAAGUUACGUUUUACUGCUUUCAAAACCCAAGCAUGGACGUUUAAACCUCCAGCAAUUUUUAACUUUGAAUGCCACUUAAAUUUAUUUACUGUUCAUUUUCAUUUUAAUAUACUUAUUUUUCACAAUUAUUUAACCUAAAUAAUAAGUUGAAAUCCUUUAAUUUAAUCAUAUAAAUUUUAGUUAUCUUGCUGAUUAUGAUAGCUUUAUGUAUUAUUAUUUAUUACGUUUUCUUUUUGUAUAUUCAACAUCAUUCCAUUCACGCCAUUGUUACCUUCGUCUUCUGUCAAUCCUUUGCAUUGUGGAGUGGUUAGCGGAAGAACCUUAAAUCCAUGUGUACCUAAUUAGUGAUUAAUCAUUAAUAUGUAUAGUUUUGGGGAUAAUGUAAAUAGAGUAUGUACUGUAUAAAGACUAUUGAUUUUGUACAA